AGUUAUUGUUGUAGGGAAAAUGGAUUUUGAAAAGGAUUCCAAUAAGAGUAACUUGGUGUUGACACCAAGUCCCAAGGAGGACCUUGAGAACUUUAGCAUCAGUAGCCAGAAGGGAGAGUUGAAGAGAUCAUUUUCCGUGUGGUCAGUGUUGGGGAUUGGAUUUGGGUUAACCAACUCAUGGUUUGGUAUUCUGGCGAGUUUGAUUACAUCUAUUUCGUCAGGAGGAGCUGUUAUUGUUGUUUAUGGGAUUUUGAUUAUUGCUGCGGUUUCGUAUUGUAUUGGGAUAACUCUUAGUGAGAUGUCUAGUGCUAUACCAUCAGCAGGAGGACAGUACGUUUGGACCAGGGUUCUUUCACCCAAGAAGUAUUCUAGUUUUUUAGCGUAUUUAUGUGGAUCAUUAGCGUGGGCCGGGGCCAUUUUCACUAGUGCGUCCAUGGCCUUAAGUGUUGCUCAAGCCGUUAUGGGAUUUUAUAAUUUAACUCAUCCAGAUCAUGUAACUGAAAAAUGGCAAUUGUUUGUAAUUUUCCAAAUUGUUAAUAUUUUACUUAUAUUAUUUAAUUGUUAUGGUAAGGCAUUGCCCAUGAUUGCUAAUGGAGUAUUAUAUUUUUCAUUAUUUUCAUAUGUUGUUAUUACUAUAACUGUAUUAGUUUGCUCAAGAGGUAAUUAUCGAGAUGCAAAAUUUGUUUUUGCAGAGUUUGAUAAUAAUACCGGAUGGUCGAAUUCGGGAAUUGCAUUUAUUAUUGGUUUGGUUAAUCCAAAUUGGAGUUUUAGUUGUCUUGAUUCUGCGUCUCAUUUAGCUGAAGAAGUCCAUAGUCCAGAAACCGUUAUUCCAAUUGCAAUUUUAGGGACGGUCACCAUUGGUAUGGUUACUGCAUUUUCAUAUUCAAUUGCCAUGUUUUUCAGUCUUCAUAAUUUACAAGAUAUUAUUAACUCAAAUACCGGAAUGCCCAUCUUAGAUAUUUAUUAUCAGGCGUUGGGUAAUAAAGCUGGUGCCAUUUGUCUUGGAGUAUUAAUUUUCAUCACCGCUUGCGGAGUUACCAUUUCAAGUCAUACUUGGCAAGCUAGAUUAUGUUGGUCUUUCAGUAGAGAUAACGGUUUACCAUUUUCAAAAUAUUUAUCAAUUAUUGAUCCAAAUUUAGGGGUUCCUCUUAAUGCCCAUUUAUUUUCUUCAUUUUGGGUGGCAGUAUUGGGUUGCUUAUACUUGGUUAGUGAUACCGCUUUCAAUUCAAUGGUUGUUGGUUGCAUUACCUUUUUAUUAUUAAGUUACUGUGUUCCAACUAUUUGUCUUUUAUAUCGUGGUCGUGAAAAUAUCCACCAUGGUCCUUUUUGGUUAGGUUUUUGGGGUACUCUUUGUAAUUACAUCACCAUUGCUUGGUCUUUAUUUGCUUUGGUUUUCUAUUCUUUCCCAACUACCAUGCCCGUCACUAGAGGUAACAUGAAUUAUGUCUCGGUGGUUAUCGCCAUCUAUUUUGUUUGGGCCCUUGCUUAUUGGUUCUUCCCCAUCCGUAAAUAUUCUUGUAGAGAAUAUUUUGCCGGUGGAUUGGGUAAUAACGACGAAGACGAAUUUCCUCAUGUCUGCAAAACUGACUUAUAA